CGAGGCGGGGCCGUGGUGGCCCGAGGCGGCGGCGGCGGUGGUGGUGGUGAAGGCGACGCGUCCUAGCCGGACCGAGUCUCCUGCCGCCCAGAGCUGGCCUGGAAUGGGUAAUGGUGUGAAGGAGAGUACGGCGCGUGUGCGUGAGGAUGCCGAGGCCAUCCUGCCCUCACCCGUCAAUUCCAAGAGUGAUCACAGGCAAGUUCUCAGCUCCCUCCUGUCUGGGGCCCUGGCCGGUGCUCUUGCCAAAACGGCGGUAGCUCCCCUGGACCGAACCAAAAUCAUCUUCCAAGUGUCUUCAAAAAGAUUUUCUGCCAAGGAGGCCUUCAGGCUCCUCUACUUCACCUACCUCAACGAGGGCUUCUUCAGCCUGUGGCGCGGGAACUCGGCCACCAUGGUGCGCGUGGUGCCCUACGCCGCCAUCCAGUUCAGCGCCCACGAGGAGUACAAGCGCAUCCUAGGCCACUACUACGGCUUCCGCGGAGAAGCCCUGCCGCCUGGGCCCCGCCUCCUUGCGGGCGCACUGGCUGGAACGACCGCUGCUUCUCUGACCUACCCCCUGGACCUGGUCCGAGCCAGGAUGGCCGUGACCCCAAAAGAAAUGUACAGCAACAUCUUUCACGUCUUCAUCCGUAUCUCCCGAGAAGAGGGCCUGAAGACCCUCUACCACGGAUUCACGCCCACCGUGCUGGGGGUCAUUCCCUACGCGGGGCUGAGCUUCUUCACCUAUGAGACGCUCAAGAGCCUGCACAGAGAGUACAGCGGCCGCCCGCAGCCCUACCCCUUCGAGCGCAUGAUAUUUGGGGCCUGUGCCGGCCUCAUCGGGCAGUCGGCCUCGUACCCGCUGGACGUGGUGCGGCGGCGCAUGCAGACGGCUGGGGUCAUGGGUCACCCGCACGCCUCCAUCAUGCACACGCUGCGUGCCAUCGUGCGGGAGGAGGGCGCCGUGCGUGGCCUCUACAAGGGCCUGAGCAUGAACUGGCUCAAGGGCCCCAUCGCCGUGGGCAUCAGCUUCACCACCUUCGACCUCAUGCAGAUCCUGCUGCGGCACCUGCAGAGCUAGGGCCCCUGAGGGCCGGCAGCUCUCGAGACGGGGAACCGAGUGUCCACGUGCGGCCGGUGGACCACUGACCCCUUUUGUUUUCUGAGCCUGUGGAGUGACGGUGUAAUCGGUUCCACCCUGGGAACCGCGUUUCAGAGCACCUCGUAGAACAAGCUGGGGGGGCCUGACCUCGGUCCCCAAAGCCAGCGGCCCUUGAAGUGCAAUGUUGGGACUGGUGGGCGGGGCUCUCGCGCUCUCCCCAGCCCUCCUCCCCAGGGCUGGCCCUGCCUCCUGGAGAGCUUGCCCCAAAUGCCCUGAGCUGGGAGUGACCAGCGCCACCUCCUGGCGCUCUGUGACCUUGGAUGUGCUCCUGGUUCUAGUGACCCCAUGCCCACUGGGCCCAGAGCCCGACUCCUCCUGCCCCUGUGCCCACAGAGGGGAGGGAGCCCCACGGUGUACAGAGAGGCACCUCCGGGCCCUGGUGAGGUAGGGCCAGCCUCCUGCUCAGCUGCGGCUAGAAAAACAGCCUCUUGCCCCACCCCCACCCCCACCCCACCUGUCCUGCCUUUGUCACUUCCCAGGUGACAUGACUCCUGUGUCACCAGAGCCUCCUGCUCGGGAACAGCCUUCUCCCAAGAGCAUUAUUUGGAUCCUGGACUCCGUGGCCAAAGUAGGGCCCCAGGAGUGGGUCUUCCCCUCUGUUGCCUACCCACCCAGUGUGUAAUGUUCCCAGGAGGGUCACGCCUCCUCCAGGCAGCAGGGUGUGAGGAAUCACCAUGGGUUUGGGUGUGAGUCCUAACCUGGAGGCAUCUGCUGAGAACUGGGGACCCAGGUCACCUCCUCUGGGCCAGGAAGCUCCCACCCCUGUCCACAGGCCGCACCAACAGAGGCCAGGCCUCAGGCCCUAACCCUCGGCGCCUAGGCACAGCGGCUCCUGGGGGGACCUGUGGCAUCUUGCACGUCCCUGGCUCCCCACCUGAGCAGGCGCUUGGCCAGGACUGAGGGCAGUUGAAGGCACAAAGGGUGGUCUGAUUGCCGUGAAGAGAGUGCUUGGAGGCGACUGGCAGCCUUGAUCCUCCCAAAGUGGGAGCCCCUGAGACGGUAUGUGGCCUGGGGGUGGGAAUUGGGGUACCCUAGGGCACCCCCAGGGAGCGGAUCUCAUGGAGAAGUCCCCUGGGGUCUGCCAGGUGUCACAGGGACGCAGAAACGCCCAUUUCCAAAUGACGUGUGGAGUUUCUUGAUUUCUUUUGGUUUUGCUUUUCAAUCUGGCUGCCCCUGGGUCUCGUCACCGUAAACCCUGACCAGCCCCAUCUGGUUCCAGGCGGAGAGUGACGGGGGGUGACCAGAUCGCUCCACAGCCACCCUGCAUGAAAGGGUCUGAGAGGGCGUGUUUGCCCCACGCACAUUUCCAGUCGUGACUUUCAUUUCUCCCUUGCGUUCUGUCCCAUUACUGUUCUUACCUUGGACCUGCGGGUGUGAAGAUCCCUCUCUGUCCUUCCUUGCAUGUGUCCACCGGCCGGCCUGAGGCUCGUCCCCAGGGUCCCAUGGCUGUUCUGUUGGGGGGGCGUCCCACCUCCUCUGCCGGCCUUGCCCAGUGCCCAGGGCCCAGAGAGGCAGGAGAGGCAGGGACCCCUCACAGGGAGAUGCGCUGGGGGGCCACCCCCGGCAGGUGAGACCAAAUGAAUGGUUGGGCGGCACCCUUCUCUGAGCCGCAGAGCGGAGGGCCCCCAGGUCCUGCUGGCCCUGGUGUGCCUCCUCGAGGUGGCUCUCAGCCGAGUGAGCCUCAGCAGCAACCCCCCCCCCAGCCCUGCACACAGCUGGGCGGUGCCCUCCGCGGCUACACCCCUCCCACUGGUGUCCAUCCUGAUCUGGAGUUACAUUUUGAUGCCAUGAAGACACUUUGUUUAUAUAUAAUGUUUAUAUAUUUUAAAGAUUUGUGCCAAGAGAGUAUAUUUAAUAAAAAUUAA